AUGAGUAUUCCGUGGAUAGGUCUUGGAGCAUUCAUUGCACAAAAUGGGUCUCAUUUGAGAGAGCACUGGCACUGUCCUGGGAACGAGCUGAGGGAAGGCCAGCAACUGGCGGUGAUUAACGGCUUCAAUCAGUUUUCGAAGAUAUCGGAGGCAGAUAACAAUGCUUUCGUCACAAAGACGUUCUACUUAGUCGACAUGCCUCCGGCGGAGUCUUCAAUCAGAUUCGACGACUUCUUCUUCGAAGUUCACGCGCUCAGGGGAGAGGAUCGAGUUUCUAUAAAAGUGAAGGGCGACAAAGACAGGGCUGCAGAAGCAUUCUUUGUGGACAAUCGCAUGCAAUUCUGCCGGAUGUGGACAGGCUCGGGGAAAACAUUGGUUCUGUGGCUCGCCGCGCUUGGAAACCAUCCGUUUCCAAGAGGCUCAGAGAAGAAGGUUUGGGUGUGGUGCAGCACGCUAGCUUCGAGAGACAGCAUAGCAGAUGAGGUUUCCGGGACCAAGAGCGGUCGCGACUCAGAAAACUGGAAAGAAGCCACCAGAAACUCCUCCCUUUUGUACAAGAGUGGAGGCUUGAGCUUGAAGACCUUGGAGUGGCUCAUGGGUAGGGUCUACAUAGGCAGACCGAACAAAACACUCUCGAACAAGGACAUUGAAGACCACGAUAUUUUCAUCCUGAGCCCUCAGUCUGUCCACACACUGGGUGAACCCGUUCGAGACCACUUUCUGGAGCACGUUGGAAUGAUCCUGGUAGACGAAGGCGAUUGGGGAACAGCUGAGAGGGAAGGGGCCAAAUGGGUCAGGCACCUGCUCAAGCCCAAGGCCUUCAUCACCUUCUUCUCGGCUACAGAUCGGAACCUGCUUAUGCUUCCAGAGCCUUAUGCUCACGUGACUUACGCCAGCGUGCUCAAGACCUGUGACGUCCGCCUUCUCCACUUCACGAGGAAAACGGGCGAAGAGUUGACGACAGAGGAGGCGUUCAAGCACCGGCGACUCCCUGCCGUGUCGACCGAGAUCGAAGCGCGGGAGAUCAUCAGGGCGGGCCUUGAGGUGUUCUUUGAAUUCCUCAACGCACCAGAGAACCACGGCUUCCCGGGUCAACUGGGGGUUUUCAUCAUGGACAGCAAGGACAGCUUGGAAGAGGGGGCGAAAGCACUGCUUCGCCCUGAAAAGAUUGUCUCUUUGUUCAAGGAGGCUCUCUACGAUCUUGCCGAAGCUGAAUUUGCGUCCUUGAGCAUUCGUCCGCCGGGUGACAACCUCGACUCCGACUCAGAGGAAGAUGAGGUCGACGGUUACGAGGUCUACGACAGCGUGAGGAUGGGCCCGGUCCGCGUUGUGUUCUACGACGACAAGUCGAAACUGGCCUCCAGCCCAGCCGUCAUCAUCAACAAGAGGAAACUCGGCCGCAGCUACAACAACGCCCGCAUGAACAGCGUCUUCGUGCUACGGCCAUGUGGCUACAGCACAUACGUCCAGCUUGCUGGGCGCCCGAUUCGGCAGUUCGAUCCGGCCAAUCAGAAGAUGCGGGAUCUAUGCCCGCCCUCCACCAUAAGCGCUUUCGCACCAGCAUAUGCGAAGAUGUCGACGGAGGGACGGCCGCAGCGUGCCCUGGUCAUUGAUCUUGUCACCAACGACCACGAGGUGCACGCGGAGAGGAUUUUACAUGAAGAAGGACAUCCUCCCAUAACCUCGAACAUCGUGCGGGUGGACGUGCCGGUUGGUGCUUCUGACCCAGUGGUACCUAGUGCUUCCGCCGACACGAACUGCAGCCGGAAUUCCUCCAGCGCCACCUUUCAAGAGGUCCUACCGACGGUGCAGUUCAUCGUCUUCGACGAAAGCAUCGACACUUGCAGCUACGACAUCGAGUGGCCAAGUCUCCGGUUCGAUGAUCUGAAGGACCCGGGCUACAGCAUCACGCUCAUCAACUCGUCAAGAAACAUUGAGAGAAACGAGAGACAUCCCAGGCCGGCGGGACGAGGCGAUGCCAAGGGGAGGAACAGAUACUAG